AUGUCCAGGUCGGAAUUUCCAAACAGCAAAUGCCUUAUUUGUGGCUCAAUUUGCACUGCAAAAUUCCAUUUCGGUGGGCUCUCCUGCAACGCGUGUGCCUCGUUCUUCCGAAGAACUGUGUCGCUGAACAUUCGAUACUUGUGCAAGAAUUCCAACAACUGCAUCACUUCCCCGGGACAGCGGACGUUCUGCAAGGCAUGUCGAUAUGAGAGUUGUGUGGAUAAAGCUGGAAUGAAAAGAGAUUUUGUUCAACAGAGAAGAAGCACCAACGCCACCCCAAAAUAUAUACUAAACUCCACAUCUGGCAGUAGUAAUAGAGAAGUUGUCAGAGGUUUUAUCACUGAUUCGAAUUCUCAUCUGGUCACCCAAACUGACCAUUUAAGAAAUAUCGACAACAAUGAGCACUGUAAAGAUAUGAAAAAGUACAGCGAUUUGCUGGAAAUUAGUCAUAUGAACUUGUUGAGGUUCUAUGUGAAGCAAGUGGAGCCGGAGAAGAAGGAACUUAAGAAUAUUCUUCAAAUAAAAUCAAUAAACGAUCUAAUGAUCACUUGUGCAUACGACAAUGGCUCUGCGAUGGAGUCUUGUGUCCACUGCCCUGGAACCGGUAAAUUGAGCCAGGAAGAUGUACGGCUCUUGCAGAAAUCCUUUCAAUUUGCACAUACUUGGCUGGAUUCUACGUGGCAGUACUCAAUAGCAACUGACAUUGAUGAGAGUGAAGUUUCUGGAGAAAGCGAAAAUCUCAGUCAAUUCAUAUCCCAUAUCAAGUCAACUCUUGGAGCUUGCCUAGCAAAUUUGAAGCUGGAUGUCUACGAGUUUGCAGCCUUUAAGUCAUUUUGCGUCUGGAGCAUUGGAGCUCAGGGGGCAACGGAAUCAAUGAAAGUUGUUGCUCAAGAGCACUAUGAAGCAGUAGCUUCUGCGUUGAAAAUGUAUUACAAGACCUUCACCUCAAUGAGUGAUAGUGAAAUCGCAACGCGAAUAGAGGAAAUUUCGUUUGGAAGGUCGUCAGAUGUGCAGAUGAUCUACGAUGAGACUAUAAAGCUGUACAACAAAAUUGGCAUUCCAAAAUCUUUAUUUUUUGAAGGAAACUAGAAUAGUUAUGGAAAAUUGUCAAUAAAUUAUUGUUGAAUUUA